AUGAGAUAAUAAACUAGUUCUUUAAUUCAAUUGCUUUGCAAGUGUCUCAAGUUUCAAAAAACUAAAUCAUAAUGUUAUGAGUAGAUUAAGAAUCCUAUUGAAAUACCACCAUAAACUGAAAGAUCUAAAGUAAUUUUUUUAUUAGAUAAGGGGAGAAAAACUCUGGUAAUUGAUUUGGAUGAAACACUAGUCCACAGUUCUUUCGAACCUAUGAAAAUUAAUGAUUUAAUCGUUGAAGUAAGUUUAAAAAUAAAAAGGUUUCUAUGAACGAUUAAAAAUAUAAAAUUUAUGUUAACAUUAGACCAGGUGCCCAUGAUUUCAUUAAAGAAACCUCUAAAUAUUUUGAGCUGAUUGUUUUCACUGCUAGUAUUAGUGAAUAUGCGAAUUCUGUUAUUGAUUUUUUGGAUCCUCAAGGCUUAGUUGAUUUAAGAUUGUUUAGAGAAAAUUGCACUAUUUACAAAGACAUUCUCGUUAAAGAUCUUUCGUUAUUAAAAAGAAACUUAGAUUCAGUUAUUUUAAUUGAUGUAUUAUAAAUUUUCGAAUAUUUAGAACUCAGUAAACUCUUUUAUGUUUUAACCAAUGAAUGCUGUUCAUAUCCUAAACUAUUUUGAAGAUAAAACAGAUUAGGAAUUACCACUAAUGAUUCCUUUUUUAAAACUUCUGUCUCAAGUAUAAAAUUUAAUUUAAUUGAAGUUUCAAGAUGUUAGACCUGUACAUGAAUGGUUAUUUAAAUAUGCUCAUUUUGAUAAAUUUGAAUAUAUUGAUGUAAUGGGAACAAAGUAAGUUUUCUAUGAUUUGCCCACAAGCUCAGAUACUUAAAGAGAAAAAUUACUAAGUCCUGCUGAGACUCCAAAAUUGGAAGAACAUUAAAUAUUGAUUAAAUCAGGGAAUUAAAUAAAAAAUGAAAAAAAAUAAAAAUAGGAGGAAAUUAAUGUUGAAAUAGAAGAUUAAUAAAACGACUCAAUAUCAGCUGAUAGAUGCACAGAAACUCCUAAUAAAAGUGAAAGCAAUACGGAAUAAAUAACAGUUCUUAGAGAUAAUUUAAAUAUAAAUUCCCCUAACUCAGUUGGCAAAUAAAUAUUAUUUCCUCAAGUUUGA